UUUAACCAGUAAUCAGUUUAAUCAUCAUUUGACCAUCUCUUAAAGUCAAGUUUAAGUGAAAAUUGACUUUCAUUACUGCUUCAUCUUAGGCUGGUCUUCAAUGUUACUGCAACCGAGAAAGAUCCGCCUUCUUAGGUGACCUUGAUACACAACUGUAGACCAAGAAACGCGUUGAAAUGUAUUGAUAUUUCAAUUGAAGUUUCACAGUUUUAUUUUAAUUUCAUUUCAGUAAAUUAUAUUCCAACCAACAUCAACAUCAUCAACAUAAUCAACAUUUUCCGAUUCAUACUCAUUGCCUACCUUUUCCUGUUGUGAAUCGCACUUCUCUCCGUGUUUUUGCUUCACAGACAUUUGCUGAUCGUUGGUCCAACCUCUUCAAUUUAACUCCACAACUCUUUUGUAUUUUUCAUCAUUUUCACAAUUAUAAUCACAAGUUAUCACAAGUAUCUAACCAUUCAACACAACUCAGCAGUAGUAAUUUUAAAUUAACAUUCAACGAGAAAAAAUUUUCAUCAAUUUACCUAAACAAAGUCAAUUUCAUGCUCUUUUGUCUGUUUCACUUUCACUUUAUGUGAUCAACUGGAAUCAAAUAUGAAUCUAUUUACUUUACCUUUAACUUUAAUCUAUUUAAUCUGUUUUCUUGUUCAAUUUGGAUUAACUCAAAACAGUUUCAAUUCAACUUCAUCUCUAGCGCUACCAAUCAACCAAUUUUCCCUCUCAUUUUACCGUUCAGUCCACAAUUUGUCUGAAAAUGUCUUCUUUUCACCUCUCAGUAUCUCAAUGAUGUACUCAAUGCUUUUAAGAGGUGCAAGUGGUUUAACAGCUCAACAGAUUAUCAAUACUUUUCAGUAUCCACUGAGCUUCAAGACAUCAGAUGAGAUUCAUGCUGCAUUCAAAGAGCUUGUCUUUGAUUAUAAGAUGAUUGAGAUACGCAGUUGGCAACGUAAUUUUACCCUUAAACUUGGUAAUCUGGUUUUGGUUGAUAAAGCGUUUCCUAUUUUGGCAGAUUAUGCGGACCAUUUGCUCAAUGAGUACCAUGCCUCGGUGGCCGAGGAAGAUUUUACUGCAGAGGGUUACCAGAUAAUGAACAAGGUUAACAAAUGGGUUGCUUCCAAGACAAAUAACAAGAUGGUUAAACUGUUUAACCAACCAUUUGACUAUUUAACCAAGCUUCUUUUAAUCAAUGUAAUUUAUUUCGAGGGCAAUUGGAAGUUACCCUUUGACCGAUCUCUAACUGCUGCUCGUACCUUUUAUAAUUAUGAUGGUAGCCUGGGUGAUGUUCAAAUGAUGUCAACCACUGGUAGCUAUCGAUAUGCCGAGUUUUGGCAUGUAAACAUGAAAAUGUUGGAGCUUCCCUUUCAGGGUGACAUUUCGCUGAUUCUUAUUCUGCCUGUUGAAUUGACCCACCAACCUGGAUUAACUAAAUUCCUUAAUUCACUCACCACGGACCAACUCAAUUCAAUGAUUUCUUCGUUAACCCAGCAAACGGUUGAACUGUCUUUGCCAAAGUUUAGGCUGGAAGGAAGAUAUGAUCUGAAUAAAAUAUUACCAGAUAUGGGAUUAUUUUUACCUUUCAUUACAAAUACCGAUUUUUUCACAAUCUCACCCUCAGAAGGACUCAAAGUGACCGAUUCAAUGCACACCUCGCUAAUUCAAAUCAGUGAAGAAGGAUCACAACAUCAAACCUCUGGAUCUGUGGGCAGUUACAAGCUUCCCAUUUUAGCUCGAUCAAGAGGACCUCGAUUCAUUGUUAAUCAUCCUUUUGGCUUCAUUAUUCGUGACAAUGCUUAUGGAAUUAAUCUGUUCCUUGGUGUAAUUAAUAAACUUUAAUAACCCAUUAUUAUAACGUUAAUAAUAACCUUCUCCAUAAACAACCAAAUGCAAGAAACUGUACAACUUUCUUGGUUGUCAUUUGCUGUUUUUGUAAAUCAAACAUAAAUUAACCUAAAUAUAUUUUGAGUACAACAAU